AGUGGAUUCUCUCUGAUGUCUCUCAUCCUGUACUUUGUGACUUCUAUGGACUCGGGAUCGUUAGUUAUAGAUUGUCUAGCAUCUAAUGGGCAUCCUGACCCACCAGCUAUACAGCGGCUAACAUGGGCUAUACUUGAAGGACUAACAGCUACAGCUCUGCUCGUGGCUGGGGGAACAAAGGUUCUAAACGCACUUCAGGCUGUUGCUAUUGCUUCUGGUGUGAUCUAUAUUGUUCUGAUAUCCUUGGGAUGUCUGGCACUAUGGCGGGGUCUAGAGGUGUCCGCAGGUGAUGUACCAGACGAUGGUGGACAGAGCUUUAACAUUGAUAUCCUUGAUACUCUACUAGCAGACCCUAUAGCGGAAAUGGUUUCCUUAUCGUUUCACAAGAGAACUAAGAGAAGAUUAAUUCUGUUGUCAAAAUUCUUUCUGAAUAUCUUCGCUGCCCCUUACAGUGUUGCCAAGUCAAGUGCCCUGGUAUCCGGAUCAGAAAGUUAUCUAACUAAGCUUAUUAGUUUAUACACCUUCCUUCUACUCUUUAUAAUACUUCACGCUCUACAGCCAGUUGUGGAUGGAUUCUGGGCAAUGGCGUGGGUUUCCUAUAUCAUUCAUAGUUUUAUCAUCGCUACAGUCAGACAAUCGGUUCGUGAACAUCUUAGUAUUCCAGGAGGGCUGAUCGAGGACUUUUUGAUUUCCUUGAUCUUGUAUCCAGCAGUAGCAGUUCAAAUGGAACAUUCUCUUGGCAAGUUUAGUGCUAAGAGCAGUACUGAAGGGUCAAGGAACAAUAUUCCCAACGGUGAAAUUAACCCCAACGCAUGUGCCAGUGAAUUGGAUCUGAACGGAAUGGUGACGAACAAGGACGAUUGUUUGAAAAGAAUAGAACGCGGCAAUGGAAAACAAAACAAAGACUCUGCCACAAACCUAAAUACAGUUGCAUUUUUUACAGAGGAAUAAGAAUUCUCAGUAUAUAUUUAUUGUUGUACCUAAUCUUACUAUGUUUUAAUAGUAAUAAUAAAUAUUUAGAAUAGUA